AUGGAUGCAACCUUUCCAGACCUAUUAGAGAUGAGCCAAGAUUACGGAUACAACAUAUCCAAAAUCAUUAAGACAUAUCAUAUUUACGCAUUCGCUUUAAAAAAAAGCUGUGGGAAAUUACAUCAACACCGAAACUCUGGUAGAGUUGCAAGUUUUGGUGCAAUUAAUAAUAAAAAAGAAGCUAGAGUAGAAAUAGAAGUAGAGGUAUAGCCGUCUGCAAGCUCUGUUUGGGAUGAGAUUGUGUCGGAUGAGGACAAUGCAAGCGAAUUUGCCGAUGUUUAUUUGUCAGAAGAAUAUGAACCUGAAUCUUCCAAUGAGUAUUCUUCUAAUGGUUGCGAGGAGCCAGUUCCCAAAAAGCGUGUCAAGGAAAAUGAUGAAAAAUCUGGAGAAGGUACUUCUAAUGUGGUUUAUGCAACCAUAGAUUUGGAAUCUGGUUCACAUGAACCUAUUUCAAUCCAAGGAACAGGGACUGUUAAACAACAAACAAAUAUUAUUGAUGUAACUAUACACGAAGUAAUUCAUAUGGCCACAAUUACUGAAGAAGUGUGAAAAUUUGUCUCGGAUAAAUGGAGGAACAUUCGAGACACAUGGCAAAAAUCUAUAAAAAAAAAGAAAGAUGAAAAAAGAUCUGGAUCUGCCGCUAAAAGGUCCCGAAAUUAUGUGCACGAAGAGCAAUUGAUGUUUUUAAAAAAGGUUUAUGAGCCGAGACCCACCGAAGAGUCAAUUCAAACGUCAAGCACCGUACCGAGCACCGAAGAAAAUGUAGAAAAUUGUUCGAGUAGUAAUAAAAAGUUUUGUACAAUAACUCGUAGGAGUACGAAAGACAAAGAGAUCGAUGACAAGAUGGCUAAAUAUCUGGACUCUAGGAUGACACAGGCAAAAGAAAAUCCUAAUUUAUUAUUUUUCAAAGGAAUGCUACCUGCCGUGGAUUUGUUCACGAUGGAUGAAACUUUGGAGUUUCAAGCAGGAGUCUUAGCUCUGAUACAGAAAAUUAAAGGCCGAAAUAGAGUAGGUUACCAAACAUAUGACGUUCCAAACACUGGCUGGCAAGAUCAAUAUUGUGGAUACUAUACACAAUAUCCAGUUAACCAGCAGCCGACAGCUUUCAUACCAUCACCGUCGCUCACCUCUCAAACAUCUUAUCAAGCCAACCAGCAGUCGACAAAUUUCAUACAAUCUCCAUCACCAACCACUCAAUCAUCGUAUUAUUCUCAACGGAUUCCACCUUCACCAACAACAUCUACUGUACAAUCACCAAACUCACAGGACUUGGACAUUUUGAAGGACUUUAGUCAUUUACUAAUGUACUAA